AUGCCCAUACUCGUCGUCACUGGCAGGCCACAAAUCCGGAACAGCAAGAGAAGUCCAGGAUGGCGGGCAAUGCCUGCCCGGGAAAAGGACUGGGGACACGGGCUUCGAGGGCGGCGGUCGUUGAUGGCCCGAGAAGUGAACAUAGCGUAUUGUAAUGUAGUGUAUUGGUAUUUAAAACAGCUGAAAAAUAAACAAUAUCCGUUCGAGUCGUUCUUGUGUGUAUUGACUAUUGGUCAUUGUGCGUUUAGAUCCCGGUGUGUGCAGACGUCGACAUACUUUCGAAACAUUUAUUCUAAGUAUUCGAAUUUUCGUACCUUCUAA